CCUGGGUCGAGUGACGGACAAAAUUUCUCAAAAUGGCGGCCUGCAAGAGCGUCGUGGUGGUUUGCCCGAAUGCUCGAAGGCAGACCGUAAAAGUUGGGCCUACGACUACGAUUUUACAGGUAUGGGCAUCUUUAUCAAGUGAGGUUUGUGUUGAGAUACUGGAAGAAGUAUGUAAAAAGCAAGGUUACACUAGUCAGGACUAUGCCAUCAAACAUCAGAGGAAAAUUGUUGAUGAGACGUUACCAGUGCGAUACUCCGGCCUGUCUAACAAUGCUCAUUUGGAACUUGUCCCUCACACCAAGACUUCUACAACAGGGGCUUGCUGCACCGUUGGGCUUCAGCUAGCAUCUGGAGACAGACUAGUGAAAGAAUUUCCUCCAACACACUCUCUCUGGGAUGUCAUCUCUCACUGGGAUACUGAUGAUGAAAGUUCCCACAAAGACAAGAUGUUCGGAGAACCAGGCCAGAUCCCAGUGUGUGUGUAUAUGACUCAAAAAAUAAUGGGGGAGGCAUUAUUAAAGAAGACAACCUUGCACAAUCUGGGAUUAUCUGGCAAAAGGGCAGUCAUCAGACUUCUCCAUGAAGUUUCAACUGAAGAGUGCAAUGAUGAAGUAGCAAUGAAGACAUCCGAAGACAAACUACUUACACCUCAACGAGCCACAUCGAUUGCUGGACCACCAAUAUCACAAGAAUCUAACAAAACAUCUAGUCAAACAGCUACAACAGAAGCCAGCCAAACUAAAACAGAACAAAUUCCUGCCAUCACACCAGUACCAUUUCCAGUUACAACCACAGAACAAAUUCUGGGUACUGUCCAGGAACCAUUCCCAAGCCUGGACAGCCGGCCAGUUCCUGUAAAUGUAGUGGGCCCACCGGGUGAGACCAGGCAGCGCCCUCUUCAGCCUGGUACCGUUAGUCCAGACAGAGCCGCAAAGGAACCAAAGAGAUCAAGGAAUGUCGGCCCUCAGCCACUUUUUCCAGAUUUCAAGUUUCCAGAGAAAAAAGAAAGUGAUUCAAGAAGUGAAACUACAGGAAAUGAUGUUGUGACUGAAGAGAGAAAGCAGCUCCUAUCCACACCCUGUGAUAGAGUACCUCUGGUCUUCAGUGAGACUGCCGUAUCUGACACUGGCAAAUCAGAGCAAGAUGAUGACCUGCCUGACUCGUUUUUCGAAGUAACCGUUGAUGACCUGAGAAAAAUGUUGCAAGAUCUGCACAGCGAGAGAUCAAAAAAAGAGAAUGCACCUCUGAUGACAAAAUCAAUGAGAGAAGCAAGAAAACUUUCAGAGAGCUAUAAAUACGACAAGAUCGUCAUUCGUGUCAAGUUCCCUGAUCGCUUCACAUUGCAAGGCUUUUUCCGGCCACAUGAGAAGGUGUCUAUGUUGACCGAGUUUGUGAAGUCCUGUCUAGCUGACUCUUCCACACCCUUCUACCUAUAUACUGCACCUCCCAAGACUGUACUUAAGCAAGACAGCACAUUAUUUGAGGCUGAUAUGUGCCCGGCUUCUCUGGUGUACUUUGGUUCUAAUAUCAAGCAAGAGCAUUUUAUGGCUGCAAACUUCAUGCAGAAUUUAGUUACAGCAUUCGAAGCAGAGCAAGCAGUCUUCACAAUAAAUGGUAGCAUGACUUCUGCCAAUGAAUCUGCCAAUCAAACCAACAUCUCCAAUGGUAACACCAUCCUAUCAAAUACAUCACAACAUGAGGCUAAGUCAUCAUUGCCAAGUGCAAGUCAACCAGUCAGGCAGACGAAAGACAGGGCCCAGGGAGCACCUAAAUGGUUCAAGGGGACAGGGAAAUAGAAGAAUAUAAUGACCAGUUAUGCUGUGUUCUGUUCGUUUCUAUGGGAGCUCAUCUUAGCCGGAGUCUUACUUAGCCAUCACAGGAAGACCAUUGCCUACCAACCCAUUGAUGCUUUUAGAAUCCAUAGUUGUUGUUUUCUGAUGUAGCUUUUAUUUAUAGCUGGGCAAAUCUCAAUAAUAAAAGAUAGAUGUCUAUACGGAGAAA